CUGCUCCCUACUCUUUAUUUUAAAGAAGCUCAUACUUAAAUCCAAGGACCGAAGCGGAAGAGUCGAGAGAAUGAGUUACCUGAACAGAGUGUGGAUGGCGACGAGCAUGGCAGUGGUGCAAGGCCACGGCGAAAACCAAGGUCAAAAAUGGAAAUCAGGCGUCAAGUUUCUCCAACGGGGCCAGGGGAGGCUCUUCGGUGGGGACUCAUCUGACCUACGGCCUGUUUCCGGGAUGAUCGGCUCCGAUAUCUCCGGGAUGGUGGGGAACCUUGAUGCUCAAGCCGAUGAGUCGAUCCGGCGAGUCAUGUAUCUUAAUUGCUGGGGCCAAGGAUAAGACUAGAGUAGACUUCUCUAUCUUUUGUUUUGGUUUUUCCCCUCUUCACGUCCUACCCCUCCAACAACGAAAAGAGGGAAAAUUACUGUAGAGGAAAGGGUGUGGAAGCUGUAAAUGCGGAAGUUGUACAGAGGACAAAAGGGUAUUGUUGGGGAUGUAAAUUUCGAUGCUCAGCUUUUGGGGAUGAAUGGAUUUUAGGGUAUCAAAUGAAACAAACACUUGUAAAUUUUUUUUGCUAUCAAUUAUCUACUCUUUUGAUUGUAAGGUCUAA